AAAUUCAAUUUCCAACGAUAUUAUUUUUUUUUUUUUUUCUUUGGGGUGUCUAGUUAGACGGCUAAGACCGAUCACGGUCCAUCUCGCCAACGAUAUUAUUUUGCAACGCGCCAUACAAAAACGGUUUUUCGCUGUGAUAUUCCUAAAAAUCGUAAUUUUUAAUGUGUUUUCCGACGUUUUGAUAACAUUAAACGAUCCAACCUUGAUAAGAUGUCCGAUCCGGUACUGCUCCGUCACCUCAAAGGGCACCGAAGUCGAGUAACGGGAAUUUCGUUCCACCCGGAAGGUAAUCGGUUUGUGUCCGGCUCCACCGACAACACGGCCAUCGUAUGGAACAUCAACGAGCAGGUGCGCUGUAUGCGGUUCGAGGCACACACCGACGUGGUCAACGAUAUCUGCUGGUCACCGGAUGGACGGAUCGUGGCCUCGGCUUCCAAGGACCGAACCGUCAAAAUCUGGGUGCCCUCGUUGAUGGGCAAUUGCGACGAGUUUCGGGCACACACAUCGAACAUCCGAUCGGUGGAUUUCGAUUCCAAGGGGAAGAAGCUAAUAACGGCCUCGGAUGAUAAAUCGGUCAAGCUGUGGAAGGUAUCUCGGAAGCACUUCGUGUCCUCUUUCACUGGCCAUACGAAUUGGGUGCGUUGCGCGCGGUUCAGUCCAAAUGAUAAACUGAUAGCUUCCUGCGGAGACGACCGGGCGUUGAAACUGUUCGAUCCCCAGUCCGGAGAGUGCGUGCACAGUUUCGUGGAUCAGAAGGGAGCAGGGAACAAAGUCGCUUGGCAUCCGGACGGAACCCUGGUGGCCAUUGCCUUGGACAACGCACGCGUCAAGAUUUUCGACAUCAAGGUUCGGAAGCUGAUCCAGUACUACCGGAUAUUUGAGGGUUCGGUGAACUCGUUGGACUUUCACCCUUCCGGCAACUAUUUGAUCACUGGGAGUGAUGAUGGGGCGGUGAAGAUUAUCGAUCUGUUGGAGGGAAGACACAUCUAUACGCUUACCGGACAUACGGGACCGGCGACAGCGGUGAAAUUUUCCUCUAAUGGGCAAGUGUUCGGUACCGGAAGCGAUGAUCGGCAUAUCAUGAUAUGGAAAGCAAACUUCAAUGGAGAAUCGUCGGAAAACUCGCUAUAUUCGUCGGAGUGUAGCGAUCUACAACUGCAAGAAAAUGGAACUCGUCCCCGGCUCCCGAUGCCUUCGAGUAAAAAGCUCAGCUACGACGAUUGUCACGGAACCGACGAAGACGAGGAUGGCCGGUUCAUUAGCGGCAAGGAGAACCAUCCAGACACAAGCAUUUUGGUAGAUGCCCGGAAGACGGAUAAUUUCCACGUAACGGAUGUCCACGAGGUUAGCGAUUAGUUUUUCCUUUCAUUAUUUCCUACAUUUAUAUUUAACGUCAUCGUGGCUAAUUUUAAGGAAAUUGUAAUAAGACUGUGUCAGAAGCCUAACAUUCGCUGUCUGUCGGAAUCCUGUUUGAAUCCGUCCGCUGGCGGCAUUGGAUACGACUCCAGCAAAACUAGUACCAACUUUGAAAAGCACGUCAUUCGAAAGCUUGGUCUGAUUGAAAGUGCAGUUUCAAGUCUCGAGAGGAGAGUUUCGCUUCUUGAAGAUGUUGUGCUCAACCGAAGCUGAGACACAUUCCGGGAAGAUUUUUCGAUCCUUCUAUUUCUAUAUCAAAACUCGUUUAUUUUACAAUUGUACAUAGAUUUGAAAUAUAUUUUAAUAGCAUUAGAGGUCAUACAUAAACCAGUCACAGUACGUAAUCCCUGUCGCAUUUACUACAUACAAUAACCGUUUCUUCCUGGUUCAAUCGUUCGAAUUUAAGAACAAAAAACGCUAUCCUAACAUAAUCGCGUUUGCUUCGAUACUC